AUGGAGAAGUUUUAUUUGAAUGAGAAUGAGUAUCCUGAAGGAGUUUCCUCAAUCACCAAAUUUGAUACCGGUGAAUAUCCUAGUGUUGUCGAUCGCUACUUUACAAGAUUUUACCAUAAAAAAACUUCAGAAGAUGGAAACGAAAACGAAGAUCAUUUGAUUCUUUAUCAUUCUAACAGAGUUUGUCUUAUUGGUCUUGCACAAUCACACAUUGCAUUUAAAAAAGGUAUUGUUGGCAUUACAUACAAUAUCGGAAAUUGCGAUCGAAGUCUUAAUCAAGUUAAAGGAAAACAUAAGAAAGGCGGAAUGAAUCUUCAGCCUUUAACAACUCUCGCUAUCAUUACUUGCAAGGAUGGAUCGGAAUACAAAGUCCUAAGUUGUGUAACAGGAAAGUUGAUAGAAACAAAUGAUCGUCUUAAAGGUAAUUUAAACAAACUAUCUAUUGAAGGAAGUGGCUAUGUGGCAAUCGUACUCAUAAAACCGGAAAAUUGUGAGAAAGCAAAAAGCAGUUUGGUGUCUGAAAAAGAUUACAUCCCAUCAUGUUCAUUUUAG